AUUUUGAAUACCGAACUCCUGCUUUAACUCGACAAAAUUGAACUUGUUCUGUGUGAGCAGGAUUAGCGGAGUGUGCUGAUAGGGUAAAACGAUUUGAUGAAACCCAAGCGCCGAAUAUAAAAAUAAACUACAACUCCCACAAAGCAGUUGUGCAUUAAUUGCGUCAUCUCAUGGCGCCUACAAUUCGUUGCCAUAGUAACACAAGGACGCUGCUGUGGAUAAGCAGCUGCUAAAGUAAAAAUGGAUCGACUCACUUUGGGAGUAGAUUUCUGAAGUUCUUGGAAGGUGCAUUCAGAGCCUAAGGUCCCGUUGGUUACUGCUUCUUCACCAGAAUGGGAGACGUACACGUGGUCCGCAGUGGAAAGGUCUACAGACAGCUAUUUGAUGCUGAGGUGCAGCUGGUCAAGGCUCUGGGCGAGGCUCGCAGUAAAUCUUACCCAUAUGGAGUCUCCCUGGACAGUGGGAAGAUUCCCCUGGUCCGGGAUCUCGACACUGCGGCUGGGGGGAUUCUAUCACAGCGGCAGAGGCAGUGGGUGCAGGAAAUGCCAAACAAUACAUCUACUGAAAAUCCAGUGCUGCACAGAGAAGAGGUUUUAUCAGCCUUGAGACGAGCAAAGGAAAGUGAAGACGUGCUUGCAGCUCGGGAGGUCAGAGGUCUUUCUGAUCCUGUCGUUGCUGAGAAACCGGAGUCAGAUAUUAUUCAGCGGCUGUCCCUGAGUAAACAGCAGAGACACGAGGAUGCAGUGUCUAACCUACAGCAGGAACUCAUUCUUCUGAGUGAGGAUUUUGAACCCAUGUUUAUGGAAGCUGGAGAAGCCCUGCUGGACAGGCUGUCAGAAUCUGAUGGUGAGAUCCAGCAAGUUUUCCAGAAGAUUGAAAAUGACUCUGAUCUGGAACGUUUCACUCUCGAGGGGCUUCAUAAUGUAUGGGACUCUAUUACCCACAUAUCGCUCGAGAGAAGAAAAUGGAUCAAAGAUCUGGAUGAGACAUGUAUCAGUUAUGAGUCUAAGAGAGCUGCAAGGAUUGGAAACAUACUGAAAGCAUACACUGGGACUCUAGAGAAAAUCUCAUAUCUGAUGCCAUCUGAUGUUUACCGGUUUAUUGACAAAGAAUCUAUGAUGUUAAACCAGGCACUCCUGGCCAAUCGGAGAGCAGUGGGGAAGCUCUAUGUGAAUCUCAUGGAGCGAGACUUGAAGAGGGAGCUCUCGGAGCGGAGGAGAUGGAAGGAGAGGCUGCAGGACUGGAAGACUAUCAAGAGACAAGCUGCAUUGGUGAAAUUCAACAAUUUUAUGAGCAGCAUACGGAACCAUGAGCCUGAGGCUGUGCAAAGGGAACUUGACUUGAUGAGGAAAACGCAGGAAUUAAUGAGUGAAAGACGAAUGAAGAUUCUGCUGUCACUAAGUGAUAUUUCACCUCCUCAGUGCACUAAAUCAAUGGCUUCAGAAUGGAAUUCAUCCUUGUCAGCAAUUAAUGAACAAAUAGAUGCAAUGCAUAUUGAUUAUAUGAAAAGAAUUCACUCUCACUAUGAAAAUCUGUGGCAGGACUGCUUGGAAGAGGUUGAGAAAUUCAAGGAAGAGAUGCUGAGCAAUCAUGUGUUGUCUCAGAAAGACAUCCAGUACAUUGUGAACAAUGAACUCCUUCAACUGGUUGGGAGCUGUCAGCACCAACGAGAGGAAGAACUGGAAGCCAUGGAAAAAGAAUUUGAGGUGUUGGCGAACACUACCCGUGAUCAGAAUAAAGCACUGCUUAAGUUUGCUAGAGGGGCUGCUGACCUGUGGGAACUGCACAGUGCAGGGCUGACGAGAAAGGAACAUCUUUUUCAAAACAAACUGGAUGAGAUCCGUUUCUCGCACGACCAGGAGAACCAGGCAAAGGAAGCCAGCCUGGAUAUUCUGAUGGACAAACUGAGGCAGGAGAGCACAGAGGAGACUUUGAAGAGCGCUAUGGAGAAGACCUUUUCCUAUCUGGAAGAAAUCAAAACAAGCUAUCUACAUUUCCACCAGAAACAGGUAGAUGUAGUUGAGUCGUACCCUGCAAUGGUAAAAGAGGAACUGCUGGAGUACUGCACAGCAGUCAGUGGUUACUUCAAUGUGAGGGAGAUCUUUAAGCAGGAAGAAGAAAGCAUCCUAACAAGUAGCUCAACUUCAGAAAAUCUAGGAGUAAAACUGGAGAAGCACAAAAGACGAAGUACCUCAGCAGCUAUUCAAGAUGUACUUUCACGAGACAAAAAGAGAAGCACCACAACUGCAGUACAGAGUGGCUCUCUUCCAAAACGAGUUAAUACACCGUCCCCCAAAAAGGAUGCCUCUCUCGCGGAUCAAAAGGAUGAUUUCCAAACCACAGUCUUCACAACAUCCAACGGAAACUCGUACACUUUGACAUGCCCUGAAGAUGUUAUGUGUGAAUAUCCUUCUCAGGGCAAACCACCUCCUUAUGUAGAAACAGUCGUGCUGACAAGUAGUUUACUUUCAGAUCUGAUAAGAAGGACUAGACAGGAGUUCUUUGAACACAUGGAGCAUUGGUUUGACAAAGCGAUGUCCAACUCCAUGAAUAUUGUUGCUGCUAAAAAAGAUGAGCUGAAAUCCGAACUAGAGCUUCGAUACCAUCUUCAUCAGCCGAGGGCUCAAAGAAUCGAGAUGGACAUCCACAAUGUUAGAGCUGCUGAACUGGUACUCCAUAGAGAACGAGUGGACAGACACUGUACAGGAGUCAUUGAGGGUUUGAACAAUGUGAAGUCUGAGUUUGUCACACUCCGCGCUGAACAAAAGAAACUUACAGAGGGCUUCCGGAAAUACAUCUACGAUAUGGAAGACGUCUUUGUAAAUGCUACCAAGUCUGAAUGGCUGGCUUCACUUUGCGACUCUCUGCACACUGAUUUAGACAAGCACAUGGGUAUCAUCAGGGCAUCUUUGCGACAGUUCAGAGAGAAACAGGAGACUACGCUGGGAAGACUGAGAGACUCCAAUGCAGAGUUUAUCAAAUCAGUUAGGUUAUUUUCUGAAGGAGGAAAUUUUACACCUGAUGAAUUUGAAGUAUUCCGAAAACGUCUGGAUAAAAUGUCAGGCCGAAUCGAUAAUACAGAAGAGUUUGUGAUGUUAGAACUGGAAGGAAUGGAGUCCAAAUGUCUUGGACAGGCGACUGAGGUGGUCCAUAAAUUUGAAGAUAAAUUCCACAACCUGACAGUGGAUCUGAACUUCAUUGAAAAAAUCCAACGAUUUCUGAUAAACACCCAAGUCAAGAUGAAAUUGGAGGUGACGAAGAGUAACUAUCAGGCAGAAAGUCUAAGCAGCUACCUGGAACAGUUCCAAAAGAAGAUAGAUGCAUGUGCCAAGCCAAGGGUUGACAAGGAGACAGUAACCCCCGAUGAGCUUUACAGUUUUACCCAGAUGAUCAUGGAAGAAUUCAAGAAAAGGAGCACUUAUCUUGACUGCUUGCUGGACCUCCCCUCCGCACCCAGUGUGCCUGAGAUUCCCCUACAAGGACCCUUUGCUGCAGCCACUCGUUCUGAAAGACAGGAGAGCAAAGUCGGGUCCCAAUCCUGCGACAGUCUGCUGCAGCCCAGCAGGAUGGGCAAACCUGCUACAGAGGAUGCGGCUCUCGGAGUCAUCCACAGUAUUUUACAAACUCAGAAAUCCAAAGUCUAUCUUGAACUUGAAAAAGCACCAGAAGCGUCAGGAGUGCAACUGUCGUCACCGCAUUCGCCCAGCACGACUGUUUUGGGCGACAAGAAAUCUCAUACCUCCAGCAUUAAUCUGAAAACUGAUAUUCUUCUUAGGAAAGCCUCAUCUGCAGGUGUCAAAAGAUUCUCCAAACCAACCCGAUUUGAUAAAAGAUUCCAGGUUUUUGGAUCCAAGCCUGAAGAAGAGCAACUUCAUUUCAAAGGCAUUGUAUGGGGUAUUCUUUGGGAGAGUAAUGAUGCCCUACUGUUAGUGGCUGAGGAAUUUUACAAGAAAAAGGAGAAACGGACCAUUACCAGGCCAGAAUAUAUCCAGGAGACCUUUGAGAACUCUGCAGAGAUGUUAAACCAGAAACUACUGUCCUACCACUCCCAGGCAGAGGAAUAUCACAAUGUCUGCUUGCAAGAUUUCAGAGAGCAGUUAAAGCAGUUUGAACAGCAGCUGUACCAUGUGCCACCUCUCCUUAUUGCUGAACUCACAAAGAAACACCUGGACCAGCUGGCAGAGACCACAGCCCAAAUCCACCACAGCUUACAUGAGAGGCUACAAGAGAGCAUCAACAGACAGACUGAGCACUGGGACAGUUUAAGGCCAACUUUGGGUCACCCAGGAAAUUUAAAUCAACUGGAGAGUCUGUGUAACCUGGAACAAGAGAGACUGACGGAACAUCUGACUGCAAUUGACAUCAGCAAAAAGAAUCUCCAGGACUGUGUGAUUAAGCAUGGAGAGGACUUUGUGACAGCUCUUGCCUCUCUCACUGAAAACAUGCUGCUCAAACUGGAUGACUUUCUGACGGUCGACGAUAUUCAAACUGGAACAGUUGAAGUUACGAAAGCAAAGACGACUACCCUCAUCAGAAGAAAAAAAGCAGGGCUUCCACUGGAGGACAGAGUGUAUAUACCAUUAACUCAGAGGGGGAGCCGAACUUGGCCAGGGAUCCUGUACUAUGAGUCGAGAGCCAAGAUAAAUGAUGAAAAGCUCACCAGAGAAACGGCCUCCAUUAAAACAGCCAAGACGACGCUGGGCCAUGUAUCGGCAAUGGAAGCGAGAGACUCCGCUUAUCAGAAAUAUCAGAGAGAGUAUGAGAAGGAGCUUGUAAGGACAGAGGAAGAGCCAGAAGCCCAGCGGAUCAGUGCCACACACCAGGAGACCAGGUGGAAGGAGUCGGUGCUGAAAAUCAAGCAGCUGUAUUCAUGAAGGUGCUGCACGGUCUGUUAACUGAGCACUACAAGAAAGGAUGCAAGUCUAAAUCUCAUUAAAUACAACCAAUAACAUACAGAACAUGUUCUUCUUUGUAUUCCCUUAAUGUUAAAAUGUGUUCAUACAUGUAUGAAGGCACUGAUAUGUGGAGACCUCUUUUGUCAACAUUUUGAAGAUGUUGCUGAAAAUUCAGCCCUUAUCAUUUUAAAAUGUAAAACAUAUUCAGAUAGUUAAUGUAAUUUUGUGCAGAUUAAAAAUAAAAUUAACAAAAAUAAUACUGGCCUCGGGUCUC